AUGUCCUCCCCCCCUCACCCUUUCGACCCCCUCUCUCCACAAGAGAUUCAGGCUGCUAUUGCCAUCGUCAAGAAAGCACAUGAAAAUGUCAAGUUCAACGUAGUCUCGUUGGAAGAGCCCCGUAAAGCCGAGAUGACGGCUUGGCUCAAGGACCAACAUAAUGCUCGUCGGCCCAGUCGUGUUGCCGAUGUGGUUGUCAUUGGACCUACUGGCACGGUCUAUCAGGGUUCUGUGGGCCUUGAGACACCAAAGAUCACUGAGUGGAAGCAAGUUGAUGGAGCUCAGCCAAUUAUUACUCCGGAAGAGUUGGCAGCUGUGGAACAUGGCUGCCGUAAAGACUCCAAGGUCAUCGAACAGUGUGUCAUAAGCGGCAUUGCCAAAGAAGACAUUCACAAAGUCUAUUGCGAUCCAUGGACGAUUGGUUACGACGAACGUUUUGGUAGUGGUAGACGUCUCCAGCAGGCCCUUAUGUAUUAUCGACCUGAAGUGGACAACUGCCAAUACCAGUACCCGCUCGACUUUUGUCCCAUUUGGGACCCGAUCAACGAAACGGUCGUUGCUAUCGACAUCCCCAAGAUCCGCCGGCCCUUAAUCAAGUCUCCCCCACUGGACUAUCAUCAUCUCGCUAUUCAGCACCAGGGAGGCUACAGGAAUAACCUCAAGCCUAUCAACAUCACUCAGCCCGAAGGUGUAUCCUUCAAGGUAACGGGGCGCGAGCUUGAGUGGCAGAACUGGAAGUUUCACGUUGGCUUCAACUAUCGAGAGGGUCUUGUUUUUAAUAACAUUACCUUCAACGAUAAAGGGAAUGUUCGACCAAUCUUCUACAGAAUGUCUAUUGCGGAAAUGGUGGUGCCUUAUGGAAACCCUGAACACCCUCAUCAGCGAAAGCAUGCCUUUGACCUUGGCGAGUAUGGUGCCGGUUAUUUGACAAACAGCCUGGCCUUGGGCUGUGAUUGCAAGGGAGCAAUUCACUACCUUGAUGCCUACUUUUCGACACAAUCUGGAAGCAUUCGAAAAGUCAAGAAUGCAAUUUGUAUCCAUGAGGAAGACGACGGUAUCUUGUUCAAGCACACAGAUUUCCGGGAUGACUCGACCAUUGUCACUCGCGCAAGGAGGUUGAUCGUGCAGCAAGUUUUCACGGCUGCAAACUACGAGUAUGCGAUCGCGUGGGUCUUUCAUCAAGACGGUACCAUCCAGCCUGACAUCAAGCUGACUGGAAUCCUUAACACCUAUGUUAUGUAUCCGGGUGAGGAUACCAAAGGAUGGGGUACAGAGGUACACAGAGGCAUCAACGCCCACAAUCAUCAACAUCUUUUCUGCUUGCGUGUCAACCCCAAUCUCGACGGGCCAAGCAAUUCGGUACAGAUGAUCGAUGCCGUCGCAUCCGACGCUCCCGUCGGUAGUCCCGAGAACUUUUACGGCAACGCUUUCUACGCCAAGCGUACCAAGCUCGAAACAACUGCCCAGGCCAUGACGGACUACAAUGGAUCUACCUCUAGAUCCUGGGACAUCAUCAACGAGAACAAACUCAACCCUCACAGUGGCAAACCGGUGUCGUAUAAGAUUGUCAGCAGAGAGGUGCCAGGGUUGCUGCCCAAGGAGGGAUCCCUUGUGUGGAAACGGGCUGCGUUCGCGAGGCAUGCAGUUCAUGUUACCAGAUACCAUGAUGACCAACUCUGGGUCGCUGGCGAUCACGUCCCUCAGACUUCUGGCGAGCCCUCGAAGGGAAUCGCUGAGUGGGUUGGCGAUGGUACUGAAUCUAUUACCAACACCGAUAUUGUCCUGUGGCAUACCUUUGGCAUCACUCACUUCCCAUCUCCUGAGGAUUACCCUAUCAUGCCUAGGGAGCCAGUCACGCUUCUUCUGCGGCCCCGCCAUUUCUUUUCCUGUAACCCUGUUCUGGAUGUACCACCAUCAUACUCUGUCACACCUAGUCAGGUGGAAGUCAAGGGUAAAGGGGCGUUGGAUGAGACUGACCGUAUCAGCAAGCUAGCUCUGGGAGGCUCCAGACUUUGA